GGCCAAUAUUAUUGAUCGGUAUUUCUGGGGUGUUCCUGAGUGUUCCAGGGAGGUGUACGUCACUCUCACACCGUCACUGGAGAAGUGGUCAUGGUGUCGGUGGUGGUUCUUCUCCUCCUGGCAGGGAUGACGUGGAAAGACGGCACUCUAGCUCAGACUCCCCCACCAGCAACAGGUGAAGCUGUUGGACGUGUCACAGCGGUAGGUGAGGUGAGCACCACCAAACCCCGGAGAGACCAAGCAAAGGUGAUAGUCCUUCAGGAGUCUGGAAAGCCAUCCGCUGAGAGCUAUGCCCGCUUACUGACACCCUUCCCUAUCCUGCGAACCUUCACCGUCUGCUACAGGAUACGUCUCAUCAGGUUUCGGGAGGAAUCCACACUGAUGUCUUAUGCCGUAUCCGAUGACAAGGACAACGAGCUUCGCAUGGACCACCGCAUCACUGGCUACAAGGUGUCGCUGCACAGCAAGUGGGCUCAGACCAGCUUAGACACUCCACUGCGGGUGUGGUCCCACUUCUGUUUCCAGUACCAUGAGGACAGUGGAGUGUGGGAAAUUUUCAUGAACGGGCAACAGCGGGCCAAUGGUUCCUUCCCUUCCUUUGAUGGGCCACUGCUAGGGAAUGGCGCAUACAUCAUCGGCCAGGAACAGGACUCGUUCGGAGGCAACUUCCAGCAAGACCAAAGUUACAGUGGCGAGAUUGCACACCUCAGCUUUUGGGACUCUUACUUACCUCAAGACGAAAUAAUUAGGAUUGCGGAAUGUCAGGAAUCUAAGGAGCCACCGCUACUAGGAUGGUCGUCUCAACAGUGGGAUCUGCAUGGUGAUGUCUACUCAGUGUUCCGACCACUGGAGGAAGUAUGUUUUAGCCAAACCCGCCGUACCAUCAAGGUAUUCCAAAAGAGGCAGACGCUGCAGCGCGCCCUUCACUUCUGUCGGGUAGUGGGCGGGAUCUUGGCUGUACCCAAGACAGCAAAGGAGAAUGCCCUGGUCUAUGAGGCAUCUCGAGAUCAAGCAGAAUACUGCUCUGGCAACGUAGGGUUUUCAUAUCUUUGGCUAGGAGCCAACGACCAGGCCGUGGAGAGAACUUGGAGGUAUUGGGAAUCUGAAACACCUCUCACUUGGGAGAACACGUGGCGCGGCACGGGGCCCAACGGAGGUGCUAUGGAAAAUUGUCUAGUGAUGCUAUAUGGCGUCUACCCUGGCUACUGGUCUGAUAUAGCAUGUCUCGACACCUACUCCUUCUGCGUCCCAUGUGAGUUCGACGAGCUGCCAGUGAUGUAUCUGAAGGGCCCUGCACUGUGUGAAAGCUCCCCUUUCAACCAGAAGUACCUGUUAGGGGAGAUGCACGAUGGCCAGCCUUCCCUCAAAGGUUUCUUUCACACAGACAUUUACUGGAACUCUACGAUGGGCGUCUGGAUCUUGCAGUCUCUCAAGGUUGCUGCGUGGGCAGUGUGGGAGCCCAAACGAGGCGUGCAUUACCCUCUCGGCACCCAUCAGUGGAAGGUGAUGAGUGUCUUGUGUGGGCUGGAAGUAGGAACGAUCGCCAAUUUGACUUUAUCCGUUUGUGGGCAGGGGAUGUUCACCUGCGAGGAUGGCACCUGCAUUAGCCUGCAGAAGCGUUGUGAUUUGCGUGUGGACUGUCCCGACCAGAGUGACGAGUAUCAGUGCAGCUUGAUUGAUGUACCACAGGAUUACCAGAAUAACAUUCCACCGCAAUCAACAGCUCUCAAUCAAUCAUUGGCCAUCCAUUUCACCAUCAACAUCAUCUCUUUCCCCUCGGUAGCCACGCAAGACCUCACGUUCGUCACCACCUUCCAGCUGUUACUGCGGUGGCGUGACCCGCGGCUCAGCUACCUUAACCUCAAGACAGACCGCACACUCAAUAUAAUUUCCGAGGAUAACAAAAAGCGCAUCUGGACCCCGAGAGUAUUCUUCAGUAAUGCACACGGCAAUGUGUUCACUAAUCUGAACCAGGGCUCUCGUGUGGAGUGUGUGCAGGAGGGCUCCUCUGUGGUGGGCGGCCCGCACCAUACACGGGAGGUCAACAUAUUUUCGGGAUACGAGAACAGCCUAGAAAUGGGUCAACUGUACAGUGUCACCUACAGCUGCGACUUCGAGCUCCUCAUGUUCCCUUUUGAUGCCCAAGUAUGCAAGAUGAAAUUCAUGCUGGUCUCGGCCUCAGCUUCCUAUAUGACACUUGUGCCCACACUGGCCAACUACACGGGCAAGACCAGCCUCAUUGAGUACUCCAUUGGACACCUCACCAUGCGCACACUUCCAAACGAAGAGUUUUCCUCCAUUGCUGUGGAAGUGCGCUUCAUGCGCCGCUAUGGAUUCUACCUGCUGACGCUCUAUAUCCCCACCACACUUCUAAUGCUCAUUGCUUAUGCUACAUUAUAUUUUAACCCUGAUGAUUUCAACUCCCGAAUUGUGGUGGCACUGACCUCUCUGCUAGUGCUCUCCUCACUCUUCACACAGACUUCCAAUUCCUUGCCCAAGACCUCCUACUUCAAGCUGGUGGAUGUGUGGCUCUUCUUCUCCAUUGUCAUGAUCUUCAAUGUGGUCAUGCUCCAGACUCUGGCAGACUUCUCCCAGCAGGCCAUCCUUAACAAGGGUGGCAGACUGGCCAAGGCUUUUAAAAAAAUACGCAAAUUCCUAAGGGAGCUUGGAAACAAUAAAGAUACAGGAGUAGAUACGCCUGUCCAGGACCUCAGGACUUCUGGGGACAUCAUCACUCACAUAAAGGCUGCAGAGGAAGAUGGACACGAGAAACCUUGGGCAGCUAACGGCAAUAAUUGGCACAGGGAGGAGCCCAGCAGACUGCCCGUGUAUGGCCGGGCAUUCAGGCGUAAAAAUUGGUCAGAGAACAAGGACGUCAACAUGUCUCUCAUGAUGUUUAGCCGCAUCAUCCUGCCUGUCAUCUUCUGCAUCUUCAAUGCCUGCUACUGGGGAGCAGCUAUUGUACAUGUGAAUACCUUAGACUCAGGUGCCUGACCCAGCAUUUACAGAGGAGAGAGGGAGAGAGAGGCUAGAAAAAAAUAUGAAAAAGAAAAAAUAUUCAACUUGACAACCUGAGUCAUCCAAUUCCAUGAACAUCCUGCUUCCUCUCUUUACGUGAUCAGCAACACUAAAAUGAACCUUCCUUUCUGUCUCCCUGAUUUCAACUGCUACUUUCCAACAGCUGAUGUAAAGAUGCAGUAAAUGUACUGAACACUUGGUAAAUCCAAGCAACAUAUAUGCUUAUAUUACAGUCAAAUGAUGCAAUAUGCUUCAAAUGUUUUAUUUUCUUACCUCUGAAUUCAAGUACAUUUCUCUGAGAAAAACUGAGUCACAUGAUGCAGAAUGUCUUGGGGAAAGUGACCCUUAAUAGCUUUGGUCAGCAGUCUACCAUAAACAACAAUCAUCUAGAAAUCAAAUCUGCUCUGCACUACAGAAACAAGUUCAGAGCAAUUACAUUCCUCUGAACACAUGUUUAUGAGAUUCAUUAGUUGUCCAGUUCCAUAAGUGAAGAUAAGAACAUUAAAUGAAAUGAUGGUGAUACAACUGAUUUACUUGCUAAGCAAUCCUUUAGUUAUUUUACACUUCUAUCCUUACAGUUGCCAUUCAUUACAUUUUUUUUUUUUCAAGUAUGAAGAUAUAAUAACUUAUCACAGCUGUUCAUAUUAUUCAUAGACGCCCUGACAUGGCUUGGCAUGGAAAUAAACUUCCGUUAAAUAUCAACCGUACACAUUUAUACUUCAGUAACAAAUUAUAUUUUUCACUUCUCUUGGAAUUCCAUCUGCUAACAAAUUGAAGUAAAAAGUUUAUAUAGUAUAUCACACUGCAAUAAAUAUGAGAAGACUAGAAUAUACAGGGAUCAACAGGCAGAGAAAUAUCCAAACAGCUAUUUCCCACUAUGGCCAUUCCCUUGCAGAGUUCCCAGGAACAAACAUUACACCUGACUGAGAAGACUAGAAUGGAUUAAUAAAUACAAAGGUAUUGAAAGGCACACUGAACACAAGCCUCUGAGAUCAUUACUAUCACUAUUUCAUAAUGCAGCUGGUAAUAUCUUUAAAAUUUACUGGCAUGGCUUCAUAAUUACACACACACACACACACACACACACACACACACACACACACACACACACACACACACA